AUGGCCACCGCCAGCAGCGAGAAAGGGAUAGAGAUCAACAAGGAGAAAGAGUUGAAGCACCUAGGGAUUUUUAGGGUUGCGGCGAUUCACACUCUGGCGUGCGUGUCGUAUCUGUACGAUUACGCGAAGCAGAACUCCGGGCCUCUGAGAUCGACGGUUGGGACUGUGGAGGGUGCUGUCACCGCCGUUGUUGGUCCUGUUUACCGGAAAUUCAAGGGCGUCCCUGACGAUGUCCUUGCUUUUCUCGACACCAAGGUAGAUCAAGCCGCAGGCAAGUUUGAUAAGCAUGCUCCUCCAUUGGCUAAGCAGGUUGCGAGCCAAGCACAUGUUUUGAUCCAAAAAACAGUGGAAAAAGGCCAGAAGUUUGUAAAAGAGGCUCAAACUGGGGGUCCGCGCUCAGCAAUUCAUUAUGCAGCUACAGAAUAUAAGCAGUUUGUCCUAAACCAAUCUGUGAAGUUGUGGGUUGGACUGAACCAGUAUCCUUCCAUCCACAAAGUGGCAGAGAAGGCUGCACCAACUGCUGCCCACUGGUCCGACAAAUACAACCACACCGUAAAGGACUUCACUCGGAAGGGUUAUGCCAUCUUCGGCUAUUUACCCUUGGUUCCGAUUGAUGAGAUAUCCAAAGCAGUUGAGAAGGGUGAGGCAAAGAAGAAAGAAGAUGCGGCUGUGCAUGUCGAGCAUUCCUCUGAUUCCUCCGAUUCAGAUUGA